AUGUCUUCGCCUUCCUCGAGUGCCGGAAAGCGCAAGCGGAGUGCUUCGACCGCUCACAAUAACACAAUCCCAAAUACUCUCAAGCCCGCCGAACUCCUACAACCAUCGUCUCGCGACGCAUCCGGCGAAGAAGGCGACGACUCAACUGCACCGACCGACGAGCGACCACUGUCACGACACAAAAAAAAUCCAUCACUCUCAAUUGAUCCCAACCAUGCCCACCCGUCAAAGCGCGCCAGAACCCGCUCUGGUGCUACCGCUGCCGACGCACAACACACAACAAGCAACGGCGACUCCGCCGCGGUGAACAAUGAAGACCCCGGCGAGCCAUCCGAAACGACAGAAGCAAGUGCCGAUAUCGAGACGAAAUCAAAGCGGAAAUCAAUUGCUGCCAAUGGCGAUGUGGACAAGGACGAAUUCUUGCAACCUCCGCUUCGCGCGGGGCUUCAAGAUCCAGUGGGCUAUCACACGAAUCCCCCUCCGACCGGUCGGGCUGUCCGAGUAUAUGCCGAUGGUGUAUUCGACUUAUUUCACUUGGGGCACAUGCGACAACUCGAACAAGCUAAAAAAGCCUUCCCAGAAGUCUACCUCAUUGUCGGUGUAACCGGCGACGAAGAAACCCACAAACGCAAAGGUCUGACCGUACUGUCUGGAGCGGAGCGAGCAGAGACCCUCCGACACUGCAAAUGGGUCGACGAGGUCAUCCCCAAUUGUCCAUGGAUCGUGACGCCGGAGUUUUUGGAGGAACACCGCAUUGAUUAUGUUGCGCACGACGACUUGCCGUAUCAGGCGGAUGAGGGAGAUGAUAUUUAUGCACCUAUCAAGGAACAGGGCAAGUUCUUGGUUACGCAACGGACGGAGGGUGUUAGUACCACUGGGAUCAUCACAAAGAUUGUCCGGGACUACGACAAAUACAUAGCCCGCCAGUUCAAGCGAGGUGCAUCCCGACAAGAACUCAACGUCUCCUGGCUCAAAAAGAACGAACUCGAAAUCAAACGCCACGUCGUCGAGCUGCGUGAAAGUAUCCGCAACAACUGGAACAUGACCGGUCAAGAAUUGAGCAAGGAAUUCCGUCAGUUCUGGGGCAACAGUCGCUCCAACAGCCCCUCGCGCGGCAGUAUUAAGAACGGUUUGGACAUGCACAGCCCUCGUUCGAGUUUCAGUAUCUCUAAGACACAUUUGUCGCGCGGGUUGGAGAGUCCUACCGGUCGUCCUGAGAGUCCGGGGCCUGCAGGUCGAAAUGAGGAUUUUGCGACGGGGUAUAGUUUGGGAUUGAUUGGUGGUGUUAGAGCUUGGAUGUCCCGAACACGAACACCAUAUCUGAGCGGACCGACAUCGCCCGUCGCGAGCGACGACGAUAGGGACGCACCUUCAUAUCUCGAAAGCGGCGAUGAACGACGUCGACCGAGCCUUUUGCGCGGCGACACUCUAUGA